AUGGCGGCCAGUGGGGCCUCCGCUAGCAUUGAAGUUCACUGUACAAUUCAGGAUAGCAAGAAAGGUAAAUUUCAGUGCAAUUACUGUGGUAAGGUAGUGAGUAAAAUGUCUCGUAUCAAGUAUCACUUGGGAGGCAUAAGGGGAGAAGUGACUCCUUGCACAGAAGUUCCCGCAGAUGUGAAGAAACUAUUUCUCGAGAAGCUAUGUGAAAAUAAGACUAUGAACAAGAUAGUCCUUAAUCUGGCCACAUCAGAAACUCCCUUGAAGAGAAAGAGGUGCCCUGGCACGAAUAGCUGCACAUCUAGCAAGAGUCAAUCCACCGAAAGCGCCUCUUCAUGGAAGAGUGAAGAGAUGACCAGUGCACCAGAAGAUGGUUCGGCAGACCUUUCUCUAUUUUCUGAAGAAGCAGGUCUAUGGGAGAGGACAUUUAGCGAAGGAAAAGAGUACAGACCGUCAAUGCAAGCCCGACUCAUUGGCCGGUUCUUCUAUGAAAAUGGUAUUGAUUUUAAUGCUGUCAAUUCUCCAAGCUUCCAGGAAAUGAUGACUGCUACUGUUGGAAAUGCGCAUUGUGAGUACGAUAUCCCUAGUUACCGAGAGUUGAAAGGCCCAAUCCUUCAGGAAGAAGUGAAAGAAAUGAGACAAUAUCUCCAAACAGUCAGGCAAUCGUGGGGGACAACAGGGUGCAGCAUCCUGCUGGAUGGAUGGAUUGAUGAGAAAGGCAGGACCUUGGUCAACUUUUUGGCAGAUUGCCCUCGAGGUGCUAUUUAUCUCUCGUCAACUGACAUUUCUUCUUGUGUUGGUGACGUUGAUGCCUUUCUGUCAAUAUUAAAUGGAGUAAUUGAGGAGGUUGGAGGCAACAAUGUUAUUCAGAUCGUGGCGUGGUCAGCGGAAGAUUGGCUGGAGAAUGCAGGCGAGAAGUUCAUAGAAAAAUACAAGAGAGCUAUGUGGGGUGUGAGUGCUUCUCACUGCAUCGAACUCAUGUUGGAAAAGAUUGGGAUGGUGAGUUCUGUCAAAGGUGUAAUGAAGAAGGCCAAGACUGUGGUAGAGUUCAUCCACACUCACGCACCUGGAUUGGAACUAACGGGCUCACAAACCCUUGGCCAUGAGCUUCUCAAACCCCACAAGAUAAUAUCAGCUAUCCCAUAUAUGACAUUGGAGAAUAUGGUAUCAGGAAAGAAGAAAUUGAGGGAGAUGUUCCUGUCAUCCGGAUGGAGCACCUCAUUUCUGGCUUCGAGCGAGGAGGGAAAGAGGGUAGUUGACCUGAUAAGUAAUCCCUCUUUCUGGUAUGGAGCCAGAAUGGUCUUAAAGGCAACGGUGCCAUUGUUGCGUGUCCUGGGUUUCAUUCUUGGGAGUGAUAAACCGCAAGCGGGGUACAUAUAUGAAACCAUGGAUCAGGUGAAAGAAACGAUUAGAAGCGAGUUUGAGAACAACGAGUCCAGGUACAUGCCCUUCUGGAAAAUAAUUGAUGGCAUUUGGAAUGCCCAUCUACACAGCCCACUCCAUGCCGCUGGAUAUUAUUUGAACCCAAGUCUCUUUUAUGCAAGUGACUUUUACUUCGACGCAGAAGUGGCCUUUGGCCUCCUGUGUUCCAUUGUGCUGAUGGUUCGUGAUCUUGAUGCUCAAGUCGUAAUCGCGUUACAAAUUGACAAGUAUCGACAUGCCAAAGGUGCUUUUGCAGAGGGGAGUGCUGUUGAUAAAAGGAACAUUUCCCCCGUGGACUGGUGGUCCAGGUUUGGAGAAGAAUGCCCCCAGCUGCAGAGGUUCGCUAUCCGGGUCUUCAGUCAGACCUGCGACGGUUCUUCAAGAUACGGGCUGAAAAGGGACAUGGCUGAGAAGCUUCUCACUGGUGGACGAAACCGCGCGGAUCAAGAGCGGUUGCGUGACCUGACGUUCUUAAGUUACAAUCUUCAACUGCAGCAAUUUCAUUCUAAGCUGGUUAGGAACAAUUACUAG